AUGCCUGCUGCGUCGAAACAGAAGCUGCCACCACUGAAGUCACUGCAGACUAAACUUCGCGGACUACAAACGUCGUUCAACAACAUGUACCGGUUUAUGCAACAAUACCGCGUCGAUACUAAGGCAGUGGAGGUCAACGUUCGACUAGAGCAACUGGAUCGAUUGUGGGACAAGAUGAACGAGGCUAUCGACGAUGUAGAGUCUCACGAUGAAGCACCCGAUGAUACGGAAGGUUUCGUUAAAGAUCGGAUCGACUUUGAAAAUCGGUUCUACGAAUUGAAAUCGUUUCUAGUCGAUAAAAUUAAGGAAGAGUGUGACACAAGUGCACUCAAUCAGACUACUCGCUCUCUCGAUAAUAACCCCCCCGGUUCCACUCACCAUGUACGAUUGCCCCAAAUAACUCUGCCUAAAUUUAGUGGUAAAAUUGAUGAAUGGCUUACGUUUCGGGUUCUUUAUACAUCACUUAUACACUGGCAGGCAGACCUUCCCGAAGUAGAAAAAUUUCACUACCUACGCAGUCAAUUAGAGGGAGAAGCAUUAGCCAUCAUCGACUCUCUACCCCUUACCAAAGCAAAUUAUGCUGUAGCAUGGGAACUGUUAACAAAGCGAUACUCGAACACGAAGGUUCUUCGCAAACGUCAGGUGCAAGCAUUGUUUGAGCUACCUGUCGCCAAAAGAGAAUGUGCAGCUGAUCUUCAUUCAUUGUUGGAUGCCUUCGAGAGGAUCGUGAAGACCUUGGACCAGGUCACUCCGCAACAAGCCGACUACAAGGAUAUGCUACUAUUACACCUGCUGUGCUCACGAUUGGACAACACUACUAGGAGGAGUUGGGAGGAAUUUUCUUCCACCAAGGAAAGCGACACCGUAAAGGAUCUCACAGAUUUUCUACAGCGGCGGAUUAGAAUCUUGGAAUCCAUGCCCAACAAGCCUGCUGAACAGAAGAUUGAUCCAACCCCAUCAAAAUACCCAAAGAAGGCACUCACAGUGAAAGCCUUCAAUGCUACGGUUCAGCAACCAUCGACGUCUGGAAAGUGUGUGGCUUGCUCGGAUAGCCACCUGCUUUACCAAUGCCAAUCGUUCCAAAAAAUGUCGGUUUCGGAAAGGGAUGCUCUUUUACGAAGUAACUCACUGUGCCGAAAUUGUUUUCGCCGAGGGCACCACGCAAGAGAGUGCAAUUCCAAGUUCACUUGUCGGCAAUGCAAGGCGAAACACCACACACUCGUUUGUUUUAAGGGGAAAUUGACCGAAAGCAAGCCAAAUAACAACACUGACCCGAAGCCAACAGUUACAAGUGAAGAGUCAACCGAUUCAAGAGUUGUGAACCUAGCGACCACUACUACUGUAUCCUGCAACACUACUACUACUUCAUCGACGGGUGUUUUACUGCUCACAGCGAUCGUUGUUUUGGAAGACGGUCAAGGUCACAAGGUUCGUGCAAGGGCACUAUUGGAUAGCUCAGCUGAAUGCAAUCUGAUCAGCAAGCGGGUCAGAAGGCUUUUGACGGUCAAGGAGGAGAGCAGUAUGGUCGACGUUAUUGGGAUCCAAGGUUUGGCUACAAGAGUGCAUGGAAAGAUUACUGUGCUUGUACACUCCCGGGUCACGGAUUUCAAACAGCCUAUGGAAAUGUUGGUGCUACCCAAAAUAGCAGCCCAAAUGUGUACAGCAUCGAUAGACGCAAGCAAAUGGAAUAUACCUAGCGGAAUAGAGUUAGCAGAUCCAAAUAUUCUGCAGGAUGAAACCGUCGAUUUAGUGCUAGGAGCAGAAUCAUUUUUUGAAUUCUUUUCGAGCGACCGACGUAUACGAUUGGGGGAGAACUUACCAUCAUUGGUCGACUCAGUCUUUGGAUGGGUGGUUACAGGACGAUAUUCAGUGGAUGGCCCUAUUAAAUCUGUCUUGUGUGAUGUUGCGCUUACGAGUCGGUUAGACGAUAUGUUGGAGAAGUUCUGGGAAUGCGAGGAGGUCGACUUGGGAAGUAACUACUCUCCGGAAGAGGCAAGAUGCGAGGAUUAUUUCAUACAAACAACCCAGAGAGAAUCCUCAGGUCGGUAUAUAGUGUCUUACCCCAAAGAUGACGAAAUGGUAGCCAGGUUGGGCGAGUCUAGAGUCACUGCAGAAAGAAGAUUCUUGCAGUUAGAAAGGCGGCUAGCUCGGGAUACAGGUCUGCGAGAGCAGUAUAUAUUGUUUAUGCAAGAGUACGAGACGUUGGGUCAUAUGAAAUUGGUUUCCCAGGAAGAAGGUAAGGACGUCGCUCGCUGUUUUCUUCCACACCAUCCAGUUGUGAAGAACGAAAGUACCACAACCAAGGUGAGGGUGGUAUUUGACGCCUCGGCCAAAACUACCUCCGGCAUUUCUCUGAACGAUAGUUUAUGUGUUGGCCCGGUCAUUCAAGAGGAUCUUCGUUCGAUUAUUUUACGCUGUCGUACUCGCCAAGUAAUGUUAGUUGCCGACAUAGAGAAAAUGUUUCGGCAGGUUGUCAUUUGCCCUCAAGACAGACACCUUCAAUCUAUUCUAUGGCGCACCUCACCCGACGCUCUGUUGUCGACGUAUGAGCUUUCGACGAUUACUUAUGGUACCAAACCCGCACCGUUUCUUGCGACGAGAACUUUGGUGCAACUGGCUAAGGAUGAGGCGGUUCGGUUCCCGUUGGCUUCGGUUGCUAUUCAAGAGGACUUUUAUAUGGAUGAUGCCAUUACCGGAACCGACGAUCCUGACACAGCAAGGGAGUUGAGGAUUCAGCUGCAAGAGAUGCUAAACUGUGGUGGUUUUAGAUUACGAAAAUUCGCAUCCAACUGUAAAACAGUAUUAGAAGGACUUGCCGAAAAGGAACUUUCGAUUCAAGCAGCAGAUGGAAUCAGUUUGGAUACUGACCCUAUGGUUAAGGCAUUGGGAUUAAUUUGGAUGCCCCAUAUGGAUGUCUUUCGGUUCAAAUUCCAGACAACACCACUUGUGCCGGAUGACCAGCUGACAAAAAGGAAGGUUUUAUUAAUAAUUGCCACCCUAUUUGACCCUCUCGGGCUCAUCGGAGCAGUUAUUACUCGUGCCAAAAUUUUCAUGCAACUGCUCUGGCGAUUGGAGGAUGAGAAAGGGGCCCAACUGUCCUGGGACUCACCACUGCCUACAAACGUUAGCGAUGAAUGGAUACGAUUCCACCAACAGAUACCAUUACUCAAUAACCUUUAUAUUGAGCGGCUAGUGAUGUUGGAGAAACCAAAAUCAACUCAAAUACACAUAUUUUCGGAUGCGUCGGAAAAGGCCUACGGAGCUUGUGCUUACGUCAGGACCGAAGACUCGUUAGGAAGGAUUAAGGUGGCCUUAUUAUCAUCUAAAUCCCGAGUCUCACCGUUAAAAACACAAUCUAUUCCUAGAUUAGAGCUAUGUGGUGCUUUGUUGGCUGCGGAGUUAUAUUCGAAAGUGAGGAAAUCCAUCAGAUGCCCGGCUGACGUUUUCUUUUGGACUGAUUCUUCCACGGUUCUACGUUGGCUGCUUGCAUCGCCCUCGACUUGGACAACCUUUGUGGCGAAUCGGGUGUCCAAGAUACAAUCACUCACGGAGAACUGCCAGUGGAACCAUGUGCCCGGCGAGCACAAUCCUGCUGAUCUAAUUUCGAGAGGAAUUUCCCCAGAAGAUAUCCUAGACAAUCAUCUUUGGUGGAAAGGCUCAAGUUGGCUAUCUACGAGCUCUGAGAAUUGGCCCAGACAACAAGUUUGGUCAUCGGAAGGUGUUGAGGAAGAGAGGAAGCGUAUCGUACUCGAGACAACUACCGUGAAUACCAGCUUCAUCGAUUGGUACAUAUUACGAUUUUCUAACUAUACAGCAAUGGUGCGACGAACGGCAUACUGGCUUCGGUUUUUGAGCAACCUACGGAUAACGGAGAAGGAAAGGCGACAGUUCGGUCCUCUAACGACAACGGAACUGCAAAAGGCAGAAUUUAGAAUUCUACAGAAGGUUCAGGCAGAAUCAUUCAGCAGCGAACUCAAGGCGCUAACCAACGGAGAGAGUAUGCCACGAUCAUCACCGUUACGUUGGUAUAAUCCAUUCAUUGCACCCAACGGUAUCUUGCGGGUAGGGGGGAGGUUAGGGCAAUCGAGAGAGUCUGAGGAUACAAAACACCCUAUCGUGCUUCCUGCAAGAAACAUGCUAACUAAACUUCUCAUGCGUCACUACCAUGCUAAAUUGAUGCAUGCCGGGCCACAAUUAAUGUUGAGUACCAUUCGGCUGCGGUAUUGGCCUCUUGGGGGAAGGAACGUAGCGAAAGCGGUAUGUCAUCAGUGCAUGCGGUGCUACCGCAUGAAACCAAAGGCGAUACAGCAAUUUAUGGCGGAAUUACCAGCACCCAGAGUAGCGGCAGCGAGACCCUUUUCGACGACAGGCGUCGACUAUUUCGGGCCCGUUUAUGUGCGACCAGGAUACCGACGAACAGCAGUGAAGGCGUAUGUGGCCGUGUUCGUUUGUUUCUCCACAAAGGCGACACAUCUGGAGUUGGUCACGGACUUGUCGACAGCACGUUUCAUCCAGGCAUUACGGAGGUUCAUAUCACGAAGGGGCAAAUGUGCUAAUCUGUGGUCUGACAAUGGCACCAACUUUGUGGGAGCGAGGAACCAGAUGAAGGAGCUUCUACAGAAUCUGAAAAACAAGGAGCAUCAUGAUGCGGUUGCGAAAGAGUGUGCGGACGUCGGAAUGCAAUGGAACUUCAUCCCACCCGGUGCUCCACAUUUUGGGGGCCUCUGGGAGGCUGCAGUACGAUCGGCGAAAACACAUCUGCUGAAGGUGUUAGGAGAUUCUACGGCUUCUUACGAGGAUAUGGCAACACUACUUACCCAAGUGGAGUGUUGUUUGAAUUCGCGGCCACUAACCCAACUUUCGGAUGAUCCCAACGAUCUUCAACCACUGACUCCAGGACACUUCCUGGUCGGAACGGCCAUGCAAGCAGUACCAUCGGCGGACUACACUCAAACAGCGAUAGGGAGGCUAAAUCUGUGGGAGACAGUACAACGGAGACUUCAAGACUUUUGGAAACGAUGGAGGACCGAAUAUCUGGUCCAACUACAAGGAAGAACCAAGUGGUGGAAACCUCCUGUUGGCGUGAAGGAAGGCAGUUUGGUGGUGAUACGAGACGAUAACCUACCACCCACACGCUGGAGGAUGGCCCGAAUCAUCGAAACACACCCAGGUCCGGAUGGUGUGGUACGAGUGGUGUCUCUACGGACGACGAACGGGAAGGUGGAAAGACCGGUAGAUAAAAUCUGCAUCCUACCGGUUGCAACUUCGACGGAAGAAGGAGAAACCGACCGAGACGACUGA